GCGAAGUUAAACUGACAGGCGUUCCCGGCUACCGUAGUAGCUGUAUUUGGCAGCCAAACUGAACUGAAGACAUGUGUGGAAUCUUUGCAUAUCUCAACUACCAUGUGCCGAGGACUCGUCGGGACAUCCUUGAGAUCCUCCUCAAAGGUCUGCACAGACUGGAGUACAGAGGCUAUGACUCAGCCGGUGUGGGAAUUGAUGCUGGAAAUGGAAAGGACUGGGAGACAAAUGCCAAGUCCAUCCAACUGAUCAAGCAACGUGGAAAAGUGAAGAUGCUUGAUGAGGAGAUCAACAAGCAGCAGGAUAUUGACAUGGAUGUGGAGUUUGACGUCCAUCUGGGCAUUGCUCACACCCGCUGGGCCACCCACGGUGCGCCAAGCCCAGUUAACAGCCAUCCACACCGAUCUGACAAGACCAAUGAGUUCAUUGUCGUUCACAAUGGAAUCAUCACCAAUUACAAAGACCUGAGGAAAUUCUUGGAGAGCAAAGGUUACGAGUUUGAGUCGGAGACUGACACGGAGAGCAUUGCCAAGCUGGUGAAAUACAUGUUUGACAACAGGGAGAAUAACGACAUCAGUUUCGCAACACUGGUGGAACGAGUGACCCAGCAGCUGGAAGGAGCUUUUGCCCUGGUCUUCAAGAGCGUCCACUACCCCGGAGAGGCAGUGGGCACAAGGAGGGGAAGUCCCCUGCUGAUGGGAGUGAGGUGUGAUCACAAGCUGUCCUCAGAUCAUAUUCCUGUGGUCUACCGCUCCACCACUAAAGACAAGAAAGGCUGCACUGCCCUACCCAGGUCGGACCGGGACACCUGCUUGUUCCCUGUGGAUGAGAAAUCUGUCGAGUAUUACUUUGCCUCCGAUGCAAGCGCAGUGAUCGAGCACACAAACCGGGUGAUCUUCCUGGAGGACGACGAUGUGGCCGCCGUGGUGGAAGGCCGCCUGUCCAUUCACAGGAUAAAGCGUACGGCCGGAGACUAUCCAGCCCGCGCCAUCCAGACCCUGCAGAUGGAGCUGCAGCAGAUCAUGAAGGGCAACUACAGCUCCUUCAUGCAGAAGGAGAUCUUUGAGCAGCCCGAGUCUGUGGUCAAUACCAUGAGGGGGAGAAUCAACUUUGAGAACAACACAGUCACCCUGGGUGGACUGAAGGACCACAUCAAAGAGAUCCAGAGGUGUCGGCGGCUGAUCCUCAUCGCCUGCGGGACCAGCUACCAUGCUGGGGUAGCGACCCGGCAGGUCCUGGAGGAACUGACCGAGCUGCCGGUCAUGGUGGAGCUGGCCAGUGACUUCCUGGACAGAAACACCCCCGUCUUCCGAGACGACGUCUGCUUCUUCAUCAGCCAGUCAGGGGAAACUGCAGACACCCUCAUGGCCCUGCGCUACUCUAAGGAGAGAGGAGCUCUGACCGUGGGAAUCACCAACACCGUGGGCAGCUCCAUCUCCAGGGAGACCGACUGCGGAGUCCACAUCAACGCUGGGCCUGAGAUUGGAGUAGCCAGCACCAAGGCGUACACCAGCCAGUUCGUGGCCCUCAUCAUGUUUGCGCUGUUGAUGAGCGACGACAGGAUUUCCAUGCAGCCCCGACGCCGAGAGAUAAUCCAGGGCCUGAGAGUCCUCCCAGAUCUGAUAAAGGAGGUGCUGGCUCUGGAUGAUGAGAUCCAGAAGCUGGCGAUGGAGCUGUACGAGCAGAAGAGUGUGCUGAUCAUGGGCCGAGGCUACCAUUAUGCCACCUGCCUGGAAGGAGCUCUGAAAAUCAAGGAGAUCACGUACAUGCAUUCAGAGGGCAUCAUGGCUGGAGAGCUGAAGCACGGCCCCCUGGCUCUGGUGGAUAAACUCAUGCCGGUUAUCAUGAUCAUCAUGAGGGACCACACCUACAACAAAUGUCAGAACGCACUGCAGCAGAUUGUUGCCCGCCAGGGCCGCCCCAUCGUGAUCUGCGACAAAGACGAUUACGAGACGGCCAAGAACUCGAGCCGCACCAUCAAAGUGCCGCACUGCAUGGACUGCCUGCAGGGCGUCCUGAGCGUCAUCCCGCUGCAGCUGCUCUCCUUCCACCUGGCCGUGCUCCGAGGAUACGACGUGGAUUUUCCAAGAAACCUGGCCAAGUCAGUGACCGUGGAGUGAGACGCAACAUUCAUCACAACAACAGAAGCCAGGCGGACGCUCACUCAUACAGACGGAGAGGGAGCGCCUGUAUGCAGAAAGCAAGAGAAAACAACGUGCUAUUUGUAAUGCAAUCUUUUACCCAACAGUUGUGUAACCCACUGUUGCAUAUUAUCUGUGUCUCACUGUCUAUAUUUUCCUAGAAUCCAAUGGCAUCGUUGUUAUUUUACUGUUAGAGAAGCAGUUGUCUGUGGUGGGGAGGUCUGGGCUGGUUGUCUUCAUAACGCUCAGUUUGUGAAUCUGUAGCAACUGACUUGUUACAUAUUUAUUUGUGCUGAUUAGCAUCACUAGGAGCUGCUGUUAUAGCUGACAGGAGUUGGGUUUUACAGACCUUCAUGGCUCUUGUUUUUCCUCUUCCUUUCCUGCAAUGAUUUGUUUGGAUAUUUUUCUUUGGCAGCUAAUCAUUUGAAGUGUCUUUUAAUCUUUAGUAAACGACUGCCUUAAUUCAUUCCAAGCCACAGGUCAUCACAAAUUCAUAAUUGCAGCGCAGUUUGCCUGUGUUUACCUUGUUACACUCUCUCUUCUGAGGACUCUCAUCUCAGUAAAGAAGCAACGUCACACAUUUAAAUCACAGAAAAAGCUUGAGAAGAUGCUGCUGUGUAAGAAAUAUUCUUGGGUAGGUUACACAAGUUUGUCCUUUGUAUGAACCUUGCAUUUCAAUAUUAAACCCUAGUCUUGGUGGGAUUGGUUUGGGAGAAGAAGCCUCUUACUCAGAGUGUGAGAUUGUGUUACCUCACACUCGCUCUGCUUUUCCUUUAAACCAUUUCUGCAUAAUGAUUCUUAUACUGACCUUAUUGCUGAGGUAAGGUUUACAUUUAAACUGAAGUGAUGGAAAUGAGAUGAAGUUACUGACAUGGAGUUGAAGGUUCUCACAGUUUCCAGCCCACGCCUCUCCACCACGACUCCUGCAAUUGGGACCAUUUGUAGCUAACCCUUUUUCUUUUCUUAUAUUUAAUUUCUUUUUUUGUAUUAUUGAAGUUACUCUGAUUUAAAAUGUGAAUGUUACCGUCAUUUGAAAUCUCCUGUCGUACCAAAAAUCACUUUGGCAGUUGUAAACCAAAACAUAUAUAUUGUAUAUGUUCAUCGUAUAUUGUAGCCAAACGUCUACUGAAGUUGGUAGAUUGUGUCAUGGAAGGAUGCUUUGAGGCCUAAAGCGGACAUGUAUAGUUUUAUGGCAGAGUGUCAUGCUGCAGAUGUUUAUUUAGAUAAAAAAAAAAGUCAGCUGUGUGUGUGUGACCCAUAGUCUGUAUUGGAAAGGGAGAUGUUGUGCACACACACACACACACAUAGUGAAGAAAUAGAAAGUGCUUGUUUGCUUUCCUUUUCAGUCAUCACAUGUUAGGUUCAAAAGAUAUUUAUCUUGCUUAUGCAAUCCAGCCUUAACUUUAAUUUCUUCCCCCCCCUUCAUUGAGUUCCUCCUGAACCAGUGUAAGGUUUUGAAAACUGGACAAUGUUACAGGUACAACAACAAAAAAAACAUGUACAUGCUGUUAGCAGAUUUAGAUUACUUGACUGGCGGCGUUGACAAAAGAUGCUGCACUGAAUCCUAGCAACAUCUGCUACUGAGGGCGUGGGGCACUAUUUAUUAGUGGAACCGAUGCAAUAAAGUGUCAAGUACUUCCCUUUUAAA